AUGUUCACCUUUUGCCCCCUCCAGGGCGCUCUCUCAGAGUCCGCAGCCUCACAAUCUCUUCUGGAGCUGGAUGGAGGUGUAAAAGUCUUGGUUGAUGUGGGAUGGGACGAGUCGUUCGAUACAGACAAGCUCAAGGAGCUCGAGAAACAAAUCCCAACCUUGUCAUUGAUCCUCCUCACGCACGCCAAGGCAUCCCAUCUUGCUGCGUACGCGCACUGCUGCAAGAACUUUCCCCUGUUCACGCGCGUCCCCGUCUACGCCACCCGACCCAUCAUCGACCUUGGCCGAACGCUGAUUCAGGAUCUCUACGCCUCGAGCCCGGCUGCCGCAACUGUUAUACCCCAGACGUCACUCUCCGAGUCUGCCUACUCAUUCUCGCAGACCGCGACCCAGGCGCAGAAUCUUCUCCUUCAAUCCCCGACACCUGAGGAGAUCGCUCGCUACUUCUCCCUGGUGCAGCCGCUCAAGUACUCGCAGCCUCACCAACCCCUACCGUCGCCAUUCUCCCCGCCUCUCAAUGGAUUGACAAUCACGGCAUACAACUCCGGCCACACCCUUGGUGGUACAAUCUGGCACCUCCAGCAUGGGCUCGAAUCGAUUGUGUAUGCGGUCGACUGGAACCAAGCCCGUGAGAAUGUCUUCGCCGGAGCUGCCUGGCUUGGCGGCGCUGGCGGCGGUGGAGCCGAGGUUAUCGAGGCUUUGAAGAAACCUACAGCACUGAUAUGCAGCAGUCGAGGCGCGGAUAAAACGGCCCAGUCGGGUGGUCGCGUAAAACGUGACGAGCAUCUGAUCGAUAUGAUCAAGUCCUGCGUCAGCCGAGGGGGGACUGUGCUGAUCCCCGUGGAUUCGAGUGCGCGAGUGUUGGAGAUGUCGUAUCUACUAGAGCAUGCCUGGCGUGCCGAUGCCGCGGCCGAGAAUGGGGGCUCACUGAAGUCGGCAAAGCUCUUCUUGGCGGGACGAAAUAUGUCCAGUACCAUGCGCUAUGCUAGGAGUAUGCUGGAAUGGAUGGAUGACGGGAUUGUUCAGGAGUUCGAGGCAUUUGCAGAGGGGCAGAAGAAGACCAAUGGGACGGGCGAAAAGAAGGAGGCUGGCCCGUUUGAUUUCAAAUACCUGCGGCUUGUGGAAAGGAAGGCACAGGUAGCCAAGCUCCUCAACCGGGAUACUGGAAAUGUCGAGACCGAGGGACGGGUUAUCUUGGCGAGCGACACCACCAUGGAGUGGGGAUUCUCUCGGGAUUUGCUGAAGGGCCUGGCUAAGGACUCGCGCAACUUAGUUAUCUUGACUGAUAAGCCCGGGACGAUAAAGGACGAAACGCCAUCUGUGGCUCUCACGCUGUGGGAGUGGUGGAAAGAGAGGAAGGAGGGUGUUGCGGUUGAGACGACGGCCAGCGGAGACAGUCUUGAACUCGUGUACGCAGGUGGUCGAGGGCUGGAUCUGAAGGAGGGCUAUCGCCAGGCGCUGGAAGGUGAAGAGUUGGUCCUGUACCAGCAAUGGCUAGCCACGCAGAGGCAGCUGCAAGCUACACAGCAAGCUGGCGGCGUAGGUGCCCUGGAGGCAUCCGGUGACAUCGUGGACGAUGCGUCCUCAGAGUCAUCAUCAGACUCCGAAGAUGAGGAUGGUGAGCAGCAGGGCAAGGCUCUUAACGUGUCUGCUACCAUUGGCCAGGCCGGCCGCAAGAACGUGGUUCUGAAAGAUGAGGACCUUGGGAUCAAUGUUCUUAUCAAGAAAAAGGGCGUGUACGAUUUUAAUACUAGGGGCAAAAAGGGACGAGAGAGGACGUUUCCUAUUACCAUCCGAAGGAAGAGGAUCGAUGAUUACGGAGAGCUUAUCCGACCUGAAGACUUCCUGAGGGCAGAGGAGAAGGAGGACGAUACCGCCGACGGUGGCGCGGUAACGGCCGAAGACGAGAAGGUUGGCAAGAAGAGAAAGUGGGAGGACGUUGCAAAGCACGGCGGUUUGAACAAGCGCCCGCAACCUAACCGCACGAUAUCUGCGGACGACACCAACGAGACCAUCGGUGCGGAUGGUUUCCCACUUGACGAUCUUGACGAAGCCCAAGACCCAGAGCCUGAGGAGCCUGCAGGGCCUUCGAAACUGGUCUAUAAUACCGAAAACAUCGUUGUCAACCUACGGCUGGCCUUUGUUGACUUUAGCGGCUUGCACGAUAAGCGCAGUCUGAACAUGCUCAUACCUCUGAUCCAGCCCCGAAAGCUGAUCCUCGUGGGCGGCAAUAAAGAGGAGACCAUGGCUCUGGCGGAGGACUGCCGCGCCGCACUCAGCAGCGAGGGCGGCGACCGGAGAGCAGACGUCUUCACACCCCAGGUCGGCGACUCGGUAGACGCCAGCGUCGACACAAACGCCUGGGUCGUCAAGCUGGCCGACCCACUCGUCAAGAAGCUCAAGUGGCAGAACGUCCGCGGCCUCAGCGUCGUCACCAUCAGCGGCCAGCUGCUGGCCGCGGCGCUCUCCUCCGCCAACGCCCAGCCGGAGGAGGACGAGACGUCGAACAAGCGGCAGAAGGUCGAGGCCGCCUCCAACGCCGUCGUCCUGGCCAACCCCUCGAUACCGGCGUCUCUGCCCAUCCUGGACGUGCUCCCUGCUAAUAUGGUCUCUGCGGCCCGGACGACAGCCCAACCGCUGCACGUGGGUGAUCUCCGCCUCGCUGAUCUCCGCAGAGCAAUGCUCGGCAACGGUCAUUCGGCCGAGUUUAGAGGCGAGGGUAUGCUCGUCAUCGACGGCAGCGUGGCAGUCCGCAAGACGGCCGAAGGUAGAAUCGAGGUCGAGAGCGUGGGCUUGCCGGUACCCGGGAGGAGGAGCGCACUCUACGAGGUCAAGAAGGUCAUAUACGAUAGCCUCGCCGUUGUGGCCGGCGCAUGA